AUGUGUGUGAAGCGUGUGUCUGUUUUGCUGCUGCUGCUACAACUGAGUUCUUUCUUCAGUUCUGGGAGCUGUGGAAAGGUGCUGGUAUGGCCUCUGGAGUACAGUCACUGGUUUAAUUUAAAGAUAAUCCUAGGUGAACUUGUGCAGCGAGGACAUGAAGUAACUGUGCUGAGGUCUUCAGCUUCUGUUUUAAUCGAUCCCAACAAUGAAUCUGGAAUUAAAUUUGAAACUUUUCCUACAUCUUCCACUAAAGAUGAAAUGGAAGCUUCGUUUGUGAAUUCAGUUAAUACUGUGAUAUAUGAUGUGUCAAGAGAUGCAUAUUGGGAGUAUUUUUCACUACUGCAAGAAAUAUUUUCAGAUUAUUCUAAUAUCUAUGAAACUCUUUGCAAAGACGUGGUUUUCAACAAGAAACUCAUGGCAAAACUUCAGGCUUCAAAGUUCGAUAUUGUUCUUGCAGAUGCCCUGGCCCCCUGUGGGGAGCUGCUGGCUGAGCUGCUGCACAUCCCCCUUGUGUACAGUCUCCGCUUCACUCCUGGCUACACGUAUGAGAAGUACAGUGGAGGACUUCUGUUUCCUCCAUCCUAUGUGCCUGUUAUUAUGUCAGUUUUAAGUGGUAAAAUGACAUUUAUGGAGAGGGUGAAAAAUAUGCUGUUCAUGCUUUAUUUUGACUUUUGGUUCCAGACAUUUAAUGAGAAGAGGUGGGAUCAGUUUUGCAGUGAAGCUCUAGGAAGACCUGUUAGAUUUGCUGAGCUAAUGGGCAAAGCUGAUAUGUGGCUCAUUCGAAGCUAUUGGGAUAUAGAGUUUCCUCGCCCACUCUUACCAAACGUUAAAUUUGUUGGGGGUCUCCACUGUAAGCCUGCCAAACCUCUGCCUAAGGAGAUGGAAGACUUUGUGCAGAGCUCUGGAGAAGAGGGAGUUGUGGUGUUUUCUCUGGGCUCAAUGAUCAGUAACAUGACAGAAGAGAGGGCCAAUGUGAUCGCAUCAGCCCUUGCCCAGCUUCCACAAAAGGUUCUGUGGAGAUUUGAUGGUCGGAAGCCAGAUACCUUAGGAUCCAACACUCAAAUCUAUAAAUGGAUCCCCCAGAAUGACCUUCUAGGGCACCCAAAAACCAAAGCUUUUGUAACUCAUGGUGGAACCAAUGGCAUCUAUGAAGCUAUCCAUUAUGGCAUCCCUAUGGUGGGUCUUCCUUUGUUUGGGGAUCAACCUGAUAACGUUGCCUACAUGAUGGCCAAAGGGGCAGCUCUCAGACUGAACUGGAGGACAAUGUCAAGUACAGAACUGGCCAAUGCCUUGAAGACAGUCAUUAAUAACCCUUCCUACAAAGAGAAUGUCAUGACAUUAUCAAGAAUUCACCACGAUCAGCCCAUGAAACCGCUGGAUCAAGCCAUCUUCUGGAUUGAGUAUGUCAUGCGUCACAAAGGAGCCAAACACUUUCGGGUUGCAGCCCAUGACCUCACGUGGUACCAGUACCACUCUCUGGAUGUGAUUGGGUUCCUGCUGGCCUGUGUGACAAUCAUUUGUUUCCUUGUCAUAAAAACUUGUUUGUUUGUGUGUCAAAAACUUAUAGAUGUGGGAAAGAAGAAAAAGCAAGAUUAG